UCCUGUCCAUGAUCCUCAUGGUGAUCAUCCGUUACAUCUCAGCCGUCCUCGUCUGGAUCCUCACCUCGCUGGUCGUCCUCGGGUCCCUCGCGGGGACCAGCGUCCUCUGGUGGCUCUACAUCGACCACCGGCUGUACGGGAACGACACCACGCCGAAAGUGAAAGAGGACGUGAUCAGGGACAGCGGACAGGGACUGCUGGUCUACGCCGUCGCUGCCACUGUCUUCACCAUCAUCCUGCUGCUGCUGAUGCUCUUCAUGAGGAAGCGUGUGGCGUUGACCAUCGCUCUGUUCCACGUGGCGGGAAAAGUCUUCAUCCACCUCCCGCUGCUCACCCUGCAGCCCUUCGUCACCUUCCUCGCCCUGCUGCUCUUCUGGAGCUACUGGAUCCUGGUCCUGCUGUUCCUGGGAACCAGCG